AUGAGCAAUCGACCCUCCAACUCGAUCGAUCAAGAGCCAGCGGUAGCUCCGGAGAAGAGGAAGGAUCGUGUAGCUCCAAUGGAACUCAACAAGUUGGAAGAAGUAGCUCCAUGUGAGCAAAAGAAGCAAGAAGCGGUAGAUCCAAAAGAGCAUGAAGCUGGUCAUGACAACUGUCGACGAAUUGGGAUCCGGUAUCUCCAAAAAACCCAAGAAGGAAAAAGGGAAAAAACCCAGGAUACCGUCCGACGAUCGAGAAAGGAGGAAACCGCACCAACGCGGAAGCCUGCAAGGCCUACUGAAUCGGAGCCGAAAUCGCUGACGAUGAAUGACAGCGAACUCAACCAGGAAGUCAACGACCUCAUUGACUUCAAGGACGAUGGAAGCAACUCCUCGGAGACACGCCAUGCGGAACAAGAAGAAGAGCAUCCUCCGGUAGCUCCACUCACUCCAGGCAUCACAAUUGAAAAGGAGUCCGCUCCGAUUGGGACAGCCAAGGCCGCCAAGGGUAACUCCGACGCAGCUGCGGUAACUCCAGGAACCUCUACACCAGCAACUGGAGCUCGUCGCAAGAAGGAGACGAUAGCCACCGAAGAGGUUCCGGCCAAGAAGCCUCGACAAGAUCAAGAGGAGAUGUACAAGCUCAUCAACAAGAGAAUCAGGUCAAUUGAGAAGGAAAUCGAACAUGGAAAAAAGGCGCAUCUACUGAUGCAGAGAAUGGAGAAGAGUCUGGAAGAACUCCAAACCACGUUCAAGACCGAACUGAGGAAGCAUGGAGCUGGCCUCCACGCCGAUCUCAAGAAGGGAUUCGAGGAGAAUCGUAGUACCCACCAAAGAGCCGGACACGAGAUCCAUGCCACCAACCGAAAAGUGGACGGUCUUGUCACCGACUCGGCGGUCGUCAAAGCCGAUCUCACCAGGAUCAAGGUCCUCGUGGAGGACUCCAGACAACUCUGGUUGACGAAGAUGACUGGAAAUCCCAAGCCAGAUCACUACUCGUCUCCAGUAGCCACAAAAGAAGGAUCAUCGAGUCAUUGGAGUACUCCAUACUACGACCCAAUCCAGGAGAUCCAACCAAUCAAAGAGAACGUGAAUCCAGCUCCAAAGCCGUAUCCACCACACGAAGUUUGCGCAUUCUGUGGAGGCUUCUCCCAUCAGUCCGAAGCCUGCAAGAAAAGACCAAGUUGGCGGACCAGAAGACAGAUCGUCUUCAACAAAGGGAAAUGCUCUUUCUGCCUCCAGAAGCAUCAGGAGGGGGAAAUCUGCCCAAGAGAUGGUGAAGCCUGCGAGACGUGUAGCUCCCUGUAUCCACUGGACGCGGCCAAGGCUCUACACCACCCCGCCCUUUGCGACAAUUUGUACUUGGGUGCGCCAAUCGAAUCAUCCGAUCGAAUCGAACCAUCCAUUCGAAUGGAUCGGAGCUCCCGAGGAAGAGCCCCAAGACGUGGACGUGGACGUGAACGUGGACGCGGUAUCCACCACGGAAAGCACCAGUGA